UCCUGGCGCCGCAGACAGAGCAGCCGGUGCUGGCGGAGACGCGGGUCUUUCCUGGCGGUGCUCGGGCGGGAGCUGCGCCGCGGGCGCCCGCCGGGCGUGAGGGGACCCGGGAGACCGCCGCGAGGUGUCCGCGAGGACCCGGGCGGCCAGUGCACGGCCGCGCGUCCAGACCACCCAGCUUCCUAUUCGCCAGAGGUCAGUCGGGGACGGGGCGAUUCUCCGGUUGUAAAUGCGCCUUUAACAGUGUAGCGAGGCGUCCCGCGCCGCGGGCGAUUCCGUGACGGACACCUAUGGUGCACCGAGGAGCGGCCCCAGACGCGCACGCCGCGAGGGGCUCUGCCGAGGGUGUGGCGAGGACCCUCAGACGCGCCGGCCUCCGGGGCCGCUGCGGCUCCGAGAGACAAACGCGCACUUCUUGUUUUACUCAGCGCUCUUGUCACAUGACCUCUUGAAAUGUGAUAAUGUGGAUGAUUUUUAAGAUAUAAAAAUUUAGUCUUUGAUCAGCAUACAACAUGUGUAUAUAUCUGUAAAUUGGAAUUUGGUGUUUUCGUUUCACAGCUACAGUAUUUAUAGAGCUGUAUAUAAGGGAACCUCAGUGGGUUCAGGAACUCUGUCUCUCUGCUUCUCAAAUAAAAAAAAUAAUUUUACAAAGGAAGCCGGUGUUUCGCCUAGUGGCUAAAUGCCCACGUCCGACAUUGAAUUCCCUGGGUCUGAUUCCUGGCUGUGUUCCUGACCCCAGCUCCCCAGCAAUGCAGACCCAGGGAGGUAGUCACGAGGGCUCAAGGGACCCCCUGACUGAGCUCUUGCCAAUCUUGUGAGACUUGGAUUUCUUGACAACUUCUGUCAAAGGUUCCAGCCCAGUCCUGGACCUUUGUCAGUAUUUAGGGAGAUGGGAACUUUCUUUCUCUGUCCCUCUUCCACCCUGUCCCAUCUCUGUUUUCUACCUUUCAAAUCAAAAACAGUUUUGAAAAGUUCAUGGAAAAUGGGAAUGAAAUGUGUUUAUUUUAUACAAAAAUUAUGAAAUCCAUGUAUAGUUUUCCCAUAGAACUCACUUUCCUUGAGCUUUUUGAAAACCCUUACUGUGCAUGAAUCUCAAAUUUUCUGCACCACAACAUACAUCUUGUAACUCUAUUUACUGUAGAUAUUUUGAAGUCUCCUUUUACAUUAAGUAUAUCUAUCUAUUUAUCUAUCUAUGAGGCAAUGGUCAAUGGUCAAUUCAGAGUAAUUGCAUUAUCCACAAACAGACUUUUUACAUUUCUUGAUGUCAAGUACAUUCUAAAUCCUCUCUUCUAUUUUGAAACAUAUAAUGCAUUUUUGACAAUGGCACUCAGCUUGCUGUAUCAAAGAACACUAGAACUAUUCCUCUCAUCUAUCACUAUGUAGAUCUGUGACACCUGUGAAGUAUUGGAACAGAUUUACAGGAAAUUUCCUCCCAUCUGCCAGACGGACAACCUAAGGAGGGAAAGACACUAAAACUCCUGCUGCUCCUGAAUGAUGAACACAUUUCAAUUCAUACAUUUUCUGCCUAUCCUAAGUUGUCCUUAAUAUCAACUGCAUUUAAACUUUUUCCAUGAAAAUAUGAUGUGAUGAGUUAUAUGAUAUAUGAGAUGUCUCAAAAUGUUCAUGGGAAAUGUACACUAUGAGAGAACUGUAAGUGGAGUAUAAGUUUCUUCUUGGGCCAAAAUAUACUUAUCUCUUAAUUCCAUUCUCCACAAACAUUUUGAUGUAUACUCACAUUUAUCUGAUGAUUGUCUGGUGAACUGUAGCUUGACCGGGGUCCACCUAAGAGAAGGUGGGUACAACCAGAAGACCAGGACUGGUGCGUGCUUGUCUGAGUAGAUGGUUAUCCGUGCUAUAGACCUUCUCACAGAAAAGGGGCAGCAUGGCUGGGAAAGUGGCAAACAGGACCACCAUAACAGAAUUCUUGCUCUUGAGGCUCCCUGAGGACUGGGGGCUUCAGGUGCUGUGUGCCACCCUCUUCUUGCUGCUCUACCUGGCAGCCCUGAUGGGGAACCUCCUCCUCAUCACCCUCAUCACUCUGGAUCAGCAUCUCCAGUCACCCAUAUAUUUGUUUCUAAAGAAUUUGUCCUUGAUUGACAUCUGCUAUGUCUCUGUCACUCUCCCCAAAUCCAUCAUGAACUCUCUGACCAACAGUCGUUCCAUCUCCUUCCUGGGAUGCGCCUCACAGAUUUUCCUCGUGAUUGCUCUCGCUGGCACGGAGUAUGCUCUCCUUCUGGUGAUGUCCUAUGACUGCUAUGUCGCCAUCUGCCACCCUCUGCACUAUGAGGCCAUCGUGAGUAGUCACACCUGUGUGCAGAUGGUGACUGUCUCGUGGCUCAGUGGGUGUGUGUAUAGAUCUCUUCACACUGCAGGCACAUUCUCAGUCCACUUCUGUGGGUCCAACAUCGUGCACCUGUUCUUCUGUGAUAUCCUUUUGCUGAUCAUGCUUGCUUGUUCUGGACAGCAAUCCCUAGAAUAUGCAUUUAUCAUUGCUAGCUUCUGUUUUGAUCUUAUGUGUUUGAUUUUUAUGGUUGUGUCUUAUGUUCACAUUUUUUCUACUGUUCUGAGAAUCCCAUCUGAAAAGGGCAGAAAGAAGACUUUUUCAACCUGCCUGCCUCACCUUGCUGUGGUGAAGUUGUUCUUUUCUUCAGGAAUUAUUGCAUAUUUAGCCCCAAAUUUUGGAUCUUCCCCUUCAGUGAAAGUGCUGACAUCUGUACUUUACACUCUAUUACCCCCUCCCUAAAUCCCCGCAUUUACAGCCUGAGAAAUUGGGACAUGCAGGUGGCCUUAGGCCUUGGCCUUGGGAUUGUUGUUGGUAAAAUGCUCAAAAAAUUUUUUGAUUUAAAUAGAUUGAUGAUAAUUGCUUCUGAAAAGACAGUUCUGUUUUUCUCUGCUACUUGAUACAAUUUAGAUUUUUGGUUGGAACUUUUGAGUUUUGAUAUAUGAGAUCAUGUUGUCUUCAAACAGACAAUUUGACUUAUUCCUUGCUAAUUUCUAUGCUCUGUAUUUAUUCUCUCACCUAAUUUUUGCAUCUAGGACUUUUGAACACAGUGAUGAAUGUGGGCCUCAUUAUUUUAUUCCAGAUUUUAGAAGGGAGAAUUUCAAACUUCCCACUCACUAUGAGGCUUGCCUUGGGUUUGCCACGCAUGAUUAUGUUGAGGGAGGUGCCUUCCACACCUAAUUUGUUGAGCAUUUUUAUCAUGAAAGA